CACUCUUCUUCUCUAACACUCCAUGAUGCCAUUCUUUUCCCAAUCUCAAUCUCAAACACUGUCUCUCCAUAGUUCUUCCAUUUUCUUAUUUAUAUUACUUCUUAUCAAAUUCAGUUUUCUCCACAUUGCUCAUUCCAAUAACAACUCUGUUAUUCUCUUCAUCCCAUGUUUUUUAUUGAGGAUUCCUGGGAACUGCUUCAGCUUCUCAUUGGAAAAACAGGUGAAUCAAUUUUUUUCAAAAGGGGUUUCUUCAAUUCUUCUAAACUCUUGAGCCGGUGUUGCUGUUUUUCCCAAAUUAGUGAAAGAACCGAUUUCUCAUCAUUCAACGAUGAACUCCACCGCUUGUGGAGGCGGCGGCGCCGGGGAAGAACUCUGUCGAGAUGACUCAGCAGCGUUUGUUCUCAAGUUCGUCGCCAUGGCGUCCAUUCUCCUUGCCGGCAUGGCCGGAAUUGCCAUCCCUCUCAUCGGGAAACACCGCCGCUUCCUCCGCACCGAUGGGAACCUCUUCGUCGCCGCCAAGGCCUUCGCGGCGGGGGUGAUUCUUGCUACCGGGUUCGUCCACAUGCUCUCCGACGCGACGAAAGCGCUCAACAGUCCUUGCUUGCCGGAGUUUCCAUGGUCCAAGUUUCCCUUCACCGGUUUCUUUGCUAUGGUGGCGGCGCUAUUCACACUCCUCCUUGACUUCGUCGGAACUCAGUACUACGAGCGGAAGCAGGGGCUGAACCGUGUCCCCGACGAGCAAACGCGGGUCGGGUCGUCGGAGCCUGAAACCGUGAAGGUGUUUGGGGAAGAAGAGAGCGGUGGAAUGCACAUUGUGGGGAUGCAUGCACACGCGGCGCAUCAUAGACACAACCACCCUCAUGGACAGGACGCGUGUCACGGCAUUGGCGGCGUCAAGGAGCACGGCCAUGCUCACGCUCACGGCCAUGCUCUCAUAAGUGUUGCUGAUGACGGCGAAGAAAUUGAUGUCAGACACGUUGUUGUUUCACAGGUCUUGGAGCUUGGGAUUGUAUCACAUUCAGUGAUAAUUGGGUUGUCUCUGGGAGUUUCACAGAGUCCUUGUACCAUAAGGCCUCUGAUUGCUGCACUAUCUUUCCAUCAGUUCUUUGAAGGGUUUGCACUUGGAGGCUGCAUUUCUCAGGCACAGUUCAAGACUUCAUCAGCAACAAUCAUGGCUUGUUUCUUUGCACUGACUACCCCGGUGGGUAUAGGCAUUGGAACUGGUAUUGCUUCAGUGUAUAACCCUUACAGCGCUGGCGCCCUUGUAGCAGAAGGGAUUUUGGACUCGUUGUCAGCAGGGAUUUUAGUGUACAUGGCUUUAGUGGACUUGAUAGCUGCUGAUUUUCUCAGCAAAAGAAUGAGUUGUAAUUUUAGGCUGCAGAUAGUUUCUUAUUGCAUGCUUUUCCUUGGUGCUGGAUUAAUGUCCUCGCUUGCAAUAUGGGCAUGAAAAUCGUCUCAAUGUAGUUGUAACUGUGUUGUUCAAUUUUGAUUUAUAUCUUUAUAUUUCUUUCUUCAA